GUGACUUUCGGCGUGUGUACAUUAUCUCUGUUCAAAAUAAGUAAACAAACGAUAUCUUGUGAACCCCCCAGCGAAGAAAAACAGUGCCGUGAAGUGCUCCCCAGUUCCAGUGAGGAAAUAAAAUCACGUUUCAUUUAAAUGUAUUAUCGAUAUGUUGGGUUUGUCACUAAUAACAACAGUACGACAUUAUCAUAAUAAUAUUUACCAAUUAUCAUCAACAAUUGAUGAAAAUUAUCACGAGAAAAGUGAUCAUCGAUAUUUAUAUGCUGUGGAUAAACCAAGUUUAAUUCAAAAUAAAACCUAUAACGUUAAUUAACCUACAAAAAAACAAACACCCUUAAGUGAAUACUUUACGUUAUUGAAAUAAAAAGAGUACAGUUCUUUUCAUAAGUGAUAAAAAGUUUAUAAUAAAAAAGUGCCAAAAACAAAAUCGUAAUCAUGUCUCGAAUGUCGUUAAGUAAAACAUCACUCCGUAGUUCGAUGUCGAAUCCUCGAAUUCGUAAAAUUAGUAGGACGGAAUCAGAAUGUUCAUGCGAGGAAGCACAACGUUUAACAGACGGUGUAGGUGCAGGUGAUGGAGCCUCGGCCGGUGGGGGUGGGGGUGAUGAUGAAGAUGUCCUAUCGUAUUGUGAUUAUCAUGAUUUUCCACCACCGCCCGACGGUGGCUACGGCUGGGUGAUUGUGUUUGCAUCAUUUAUAUGUAACAUGAUCGUGGAUGGUAUUGCGUACACCUUUGGUGUGUUCUUAAAUGAGUUCGUGGUAUACUAUGGUGAGGGGAAAGGACAAGUCGCAUGGGUUGGAAGUUUAUUAUCGGGAAUGUAUUUAAGUGCGGGUCCAGUUGUAUCGGCGCUUACGAAUAAAUUUGGAUGUCGUGCUGUUUGUAUGGCGGGGAGUGUAAUAUCAACAGUAGCCUUUGUAUUAUCAAUAUUUUCACCAACUGUUAAUAUGUUGAUGUUAACGUAUGGUGUAAUGGGAGGUAUUGGAUUUGGUUUAAUCUAUUUACCAGCGGUGGUAUGUGUGGGCUACUAUUUCGAAACAAAACGUUCCUUAGCAACUGGUAUCGCUGUAUGUGGUUCCGGAUUUGGAACAUUCGCCUUUGCUCCCCUAGCCACAUAUUUAUUAGAAGAAUAUGGAUGGAAAGGUUCAAAUUUAAUUUUAGCUGGUUUAAUAUUAAAUUGUGCCAUUUGUGGGGCGUUAAUGCGUCCCUUAGAAUAUCCAAAAGUUCCGAGUGUAAAACCAUUGUUACAACGGAUGGCCGAAGAGAAACGGUUUCAAAUGGAGCGAGGAAGUAUUGGGGGAUCAUAUUUUAUGGUACAAUUGCCGGAUGGCAGCAUGGAGAAACGAAUGAAAAUGCCCAUAAAUAUCGAUCCCGGUGUACACUCUAGUUUUAAUUUAGAUCAAUUAGUACCUGGUACACCGUUAACGCCCAUACCAACUGUUCCAACAUUACCCACAAUCUCCGAGGUGAAAGUACAAGAGCAGAGUGGUAGUAGUUCUGGCAACAGUGUAAAUGAUUCACAAAAUAAACAACGUCGUCCAAAUCCACGUAUUGCUGAACUACAGCGAAAUGAAGGAAAAAUGGAGACCAGUGCCAGUGAUAAAGAUUUGGAGAGUAAAAAUAAUGAAACGGAAUUUACACAAGUACAAAGAGGAAACUUGCCACGAAAUGUUUCGUCCCCAGCAUUUACAUCACAUCAUCAAGGUUUGCCCAAAAAUGGUUCAGUACCAUUUUUUGAUCGGAUGCGUAAAACUUCAGUUGGUGAACGGUAUCGUCCAACAUUGGGAGCGAUACAAUCGAAAUCUCGAGGAAAUGUUAAUGGUGAUGUACGAAAAAGUUUGCAUUUACGAUUAUCGACAUCGUCAUUUACGGGCAGUAAAAAUAAUAACGCUGAUGAUAUGGACAAUGAUAAUAUGUCAUUUACUGCCUCAAGAUCUUCAAUUCCACGUCCAAUGAUGGUACGUCCAUUAUCCCGCAAGGAUAUCUUUUAUUCAGGCUCCGUUGUGCAUUUACCUGAAUAUCAAUCGCAAAAAUCUUUAACGAAUUAUCGUCAGAGUCAAUUGUCAAUAGGACCACGUGGAUCUGCACGUGGUGACGGGGAUGUUGAAAAAGCAGAACAAUAUGACCUAUGUCCAUGUUUUGUAUUACCUGAAAGUUUUAAAAGUGCUUUAGCCGCCAUGAUGGAUUUUUCAUUGCUCAAAGAUCCCGUAUUUAUGUUUAUUGCGGUCUCAAAUAUUUUUGGAAUGGCGGGUCUUUAUGUACCUUUUGUUUAUCUUGUGGAUGCAGCAAUACAAUCUGGAAUUGAACCAAAUUCUGCAUCAUUUUUAAUAUCAAUAAUUGGUAUAACAAAUACUGUGGGUCGUAUUGCAUGCGGAUAUUUUGCUGAUUUUCCAUGGGUAAAUUCAUUAUUGCUCAAUAAUAUAUGUCUUGUUAUAUCUACUGUUGCCGUUUCUGCUACGCCUUUUUGCCAAUCGUAUGUAUCGUAUAUAAUAAUGUCGAUAUUUUUUGGUAUUGCUGUUUCCGGUUACAUAUCUCUUACAUCAAUUAUUCUAGUCGACCUAUUGGGUCUUGAUAAAUUAACCAAUGCCUUUGGAUUAUUAAUAUUAUUCCGUGGUGCCGCUGCCAUAGUAGGUUCUCCAUUAGCAGGGGCUGUUUACGAUGCAACCAAAUCCUACGACAUACCAUUCUUUAUGGCUGGAUUCUUGUUUUUCCUAUCAGCGGUCAGCAGCUUUUUAGCACCAUGUAUGAAACGUUUCGUGAAAAAGGGUGAACCGCCAGUGACAUUAGACGCGCUCACCCCCAUCGAUGAAGAUGAAGAGGAAGAAGAUGGUCCUAUCACAAUUGGACGACAAAUUCCUGAAAUUGAUGUAACAGCUGCCAGUCCAAUGAAUCCAAAUAGUGCACACGAAAUUAAACAAAUUGAAUCAGUUUUGUAAAGCUAGUAUAGUGCUCUGCGUGUCUAGUGUUUUGUUAUUGUGCGCGUGCGUGUAUAAAACGUGUAUUUUAGUAAUUUAUCCAAUGAACGAGUCGAUGACAUGUAAACCCAUGUACCUCCACUUUCACGCUUGAAGUUGAUUCUUGUCAAAAUAAGCUUUGAACGCGAAAGUGGAUGCCAAAAACAUUUAUUCACUGGAUUAAAUUGUUGUAUAAUUAAAAAAAACACUUGAACAUUGUUUUUGUUUUCGAAAACGCGAAUAAAAACUGUGGAUUAAAACUAAAUAUAGCACAACAAUAAUUUUGAAAAUUUUGUAUGAAUUUAUGAAAAAAGUCCUUUAAAAGGAUUUCAAAUACUUUAAGGUUUAAUUUUUAAUAAGAACUGGGGUGAAAAUAUGUUGGUCAAACCAAACAUUUACAAAGAUUUUAAGUUUUUCUUUUUUUUUAAAUGUCGGAGUUUUAUGUGUCGUUAAUUGUUAUCGAAUGAUUUUUUUAGACAACUUCAGGUCUCUCUGUUUAUAAUAAAUACCAAAUAUUUCUUAAAAUUCUGGAAGAAGAAUGUCGAUUAGCCAUGAAAACGAGACAUCCAGUUUAAAAUUUACCUUAUAAAUGCCACACGAUCAAAAUUGAAUUAAUUUUUAUGGCAGGAGAGAGCGCAAAAAUAAUAUUCCAGAAGAUUCCAGAAAUUCCAGAUUCUUAGACGGAAUUAUUAGUGUGUCUUACUAAAGAUAAUUACUAUUUCAUGGCUAGUGAAACCAUUAACUAGAGAUAUCCCACGGGAUGUUUCUCUCUCUCAUACUAUUUUUGUUAUAGAUAUAAGCCCUCAUACAUAAUUUUGAUGCAUAAGUUUCGAUUUUAAUCCGAAUAAAAUUGGCCUACCGAAAAAAAUUUUAACAAAAUUAUUGAUUAAAAUCGAAAAAAAUACAGUUUAAGAAAUUUCGUGUAAGACAUUUGAAAAAAACUAAAAUAACGAAACGUAGACGAUAGAUAAAAUAAAGAUAAAUAAAUAAUCCAGGCCGUAGCAACGGUUUUGUGGACACUGAAAUGUUUACUCGAGAUAUAGAUAAUCUCCCAUCGGCUUAUUGAAAAAUUUCUCAAUGUAGGAAAACUACAACUU